AUGUGCUUCAGCAAAGCAGAGAUGCUGGUUAGCUACUCCUUUGGAACAUGUCAACAUAGGAAGAUCUUUCCUCACUUCUAUCCCCCAAACUUGUUGGGAAACAAGUUUCUCCCUAUUAGGGGAGUGCCCCACAGAGGGCCUGGAUGUUAUACAGCAGAAGAAAAUAAAGACUUGGCAUACAACCUCGAUAAGAUCCCAACCAGUAUAAAAGGAUAUGGUUUUGGAGCCAGAACAGCUGUGAGGUUUAAGCCAAAGAACAAGGAUGUGACACCUUACCCAGGCAUGUACCAGACAGUCAAUCUUCAGGAGCAAACACACAAACCAAAUUUUGCUCCAUUUAAUACCUUGUCACCUCGCUUUCGGACAUACUCAAAGGACCCUUGUUAUCCUGGCCCUGGCACAUAUAAACUAGAGAAAAAGGCACCCCAGAAAGUCACCUGGCCAAUGAAAUUUGGAUCUCCAGACUGGGCUCAGGUUCCAUGUCUACAGAAAAGAACCCUGAAAACUGAGCUGUCCACAGACAAGGACUUUAGAAAGCAUCGGAACCGUUUGGCCUACCUAAGCUUGUACUACAACUGA